AUGAGGCAAGCCCAGCAAGCUGCCAUCAAAGACGAAAAAACAAGAAGAGAGGUUGACUACUUCUGGCAACAGCAGGAGUAUUUCAGCAGCGGUGGAAAAGGCCGCAAGGGCAAGGGCUUCCAGGAGCCUGGGAGAAAGCGAACGGGCUGGUUUCUCGGAACAAUCCGUGAAGCUCAUGACUCAUGA